UUUCAGUUUUAUUGGAGCCACCGGGCGGUUUGGUUGAGGUUUCAGUCCUUUUCGUGCGAAAUCUAUUUAUUUGAUACCAUUUGUUUCUUUUUCGCUUGUUGGGUCGUGGAAAUUUUAUAAGAAAAUGUCUUUGGUACGCUUAAUUGGCGCUGAGUGCCGCUUAAUGGCUCAACGCAGCUAUUCUUCCGCACCGGCGACCACCAAAAUGUUCAUCGACGGCAAGUUUGUGGAAUCACAAACCAAGGAAUGGAUUGAUCUGCACAACCCCGCUACCAAUGAGGUCAUUAGCCGCGUGCCCAAAUGCACACAGGCCGAGAUGCAAGCUGCUCUGGAGUCCAAUAAGAAAGCUUUCAAAUCGUGGAGCCAACAAUCGGUGCUGUCACGUCAGCAAGUCAUGUUCAAAUUGCAAGCGUUGAUCAAGCAGAAUAUGGGCGAAUUAGCCAAGAACAUUACCACAGAGCAAGGCAAGACCUUGGCUGAUGCGGAGGGCGAUGUGUUGCGCGGUUUACAGGUAGUUGAGCACUCCUGCAGCAUACCCUCGUUGGCCAUGGGUGAGACCGUAGCGAAUGUGGCACGUGAUAUGGACACAUAUUCGUUGGUGUUGCCCUUGGGUGUCACCGCCGGCAUUGCACCGUUCAACUUCCCCGCCAUGAUACCACUUUGGAUGUUCCCCGUGGCAAUCACCUGUGGCAAUACAAUGCUGCUGAAGCCCUCGGAACGUGUGCCCGGCUCGACAAUGUUGUUGAUGGAGCUGUUGAAUGAAGCUGGCUGCCCGCCCGGUGUCGUUAAUGUCAUACACGGUCAACAUGAUGCAGUCAAUUUCAUAUGUGAUGCGCCAGAAAUCAAAGCUGUCUCCUUUGUGGGCUCCGAUACGGCUGGAAAAUACAUUUACGAACGUGCCGGCCGUAAUGGCAAACGUGUGCAGAGCAAUAUGGGUGCCAAAAAUCACGGUGUGGUCAUGGUCGAUGCAAACAAAGAGAACACAUUGAAUCAAUUGGCCGGUGCGGCUUUUGGUGCUGCCGGCCAACGUUGCAUGGCGCUCUCCACAGCGCUGUUCGUGGGCGAAGCACAGCAAUGGAUACCCGAUUUGGUUGAGCGUGCCAAGAAGUUGAAGGUGAACGCGGGACAUGUCGCCGGCACUGAUGUUGGUCCGGUGAUUAGCGCACAGUCGAAACAACGCAUAAACGAACUGAUUGAGUCCGGCGUUAAGGAGGGUGCUAAGCUCAUACUCGACGGCCGUAAUGUCAAGGUGCCUGGCUAUGAAGCUGGUUACUUUGUCGGUCCCACCAUACUUGCGGACGUUACACCCGAUAUGCAGUGCUACAAAGAGGAAAUCUUUGGGCCCGUCUUGGUUAUACUCAACGCUGAUACGCUCGAUGAGGCCAUACAAACGGUUAAUGCGAAUCCCUACGGCAACGGCACCGCUAUUUUCACCACAAACGGCGCCACGGCACGCAAAUUUGUCAACGAAAUCGAUGUGGGUCAAGUGGGCGUGAAUGUGCCCAUACCCGUGCCACUGCCCAUGUUCUCCUUCACCGGCACGCGUGGCUCCUUCCGUGGCGAUCAUCAUUUCUAUGGCAAAAUGGGCGUCAAAUUCUACACGCAAACCAAGACGGUGACACAGUUGUGGCGCGAAACCGAUGUAACGCACACCCAAGCGGCAGUGGCCAUGCCCACCAUGAAGUAAAGCGCCGUGCGUACCUGCGUGCUGUGAAGGGUGAUAGUUCGAGAGGUUCGAGAGGUUAGUCUUCCAAUUGAAAGUGCUUUAGUGUCGAGGAGCGUUACAGACAUAUAUACAUAUACUAUUUUUGUACGCCUCAUAUUUAUUCAUGGAAAUCCAUACAAGGAACGUUGCAUUUAUUUUUCGUUUAUGUUAAGGAAUGUGUUGCUGGUGUAAAGCUCUUAGGAAUUUGUUUAUUGCAUACGCUUAGCGUAAUUAAUGUAUGUGCCUAUAUAAUGAUAUUAAAAUAAAUUAAUUCUCUUAAAAAAA